AUGGGUUUUAAAGCCGCUGAUGUUGCCGAUAAAGUAAAAACCAUUCAAUACGUCGCUACUACUACUCUUGUCGAAAAUGAGAUCGCUAUAGAGGAGAUUAAGGUCGAGCAAGCCGCCCAAGAUCUGACCACCCCAGAAAAACAUGCCGUCACUCUCGCCCUCGCUCCGGAGUUAGCAGGUAUCGAAAAGGCUGCAGCUGCAAAGAAAGCUGCUCUAGAGGAGCUCAUAGCUGCCGGAAUUAUAGGUAGCCUCAUUGAAGAUGAGCCAAGAAUGGUGCUAAAUCCUUACUACAAGGGCUCGGACUACGACCCUGACGAGGUUCGCGUCAAACUUCGAUGGGUAAUGCGAUUGUUGAACCAGCUUUCGGCUCUCGACGUCAGUCGUGAAGAUUGGGCCAAGGAGAACGGAGAUGGAAUUUUGUCAGAUGAGGACAAAUUCGGGUCAGCAUGGAACACGUCGAAAACAAUUUUGAUGAUUCAUAUUUCGGAUCGUCGUUAUUUCGGCCCCACCGGAGUUGAUACAGAGUAUCCUAUUCUUAUCGCCAAAACCAAGGAAGAAUUCGAGGAAUACUUUAAGCGUUCAUUAUUGGCUGGAACUGAACAUGAAUGUGAUGAUAAAUCCAUGCUUGAGUUGGAGGAGUUUGCACUUAGACUUCCCCCCGAAGAAGCAUUGGCAAUGAAGAAUGCGCCUGAUUCUGAUGAGGAGAGUGAGGGGGAUGUCAUGGCAGAUUUGGAAGAUGAGCAUGACAACAUUUUUAGAAUCGGUGAGAAGGUGAAUGAUAGAGGUAAAUGA